AUGGCUGAGCACCGCUAUCAGCAGCAACCGCAACAGCAACCGCAGGCAAGGUCUCACCAGAUGGUAAAGGCUGCGACCGCCGUCACAGCCGGUGGGUCGCUGCUUGUUCUCUCUGCCCUGACGCUCGCCGGAACCGUGAUAGCGCUGGCUCUGGCCACCCCUCUUCUGAUCAUAUUCAGCCCGGUUCUGGUGCCGGCGGCGAUAACGGCGGGUCUUCUGUCGGCUGGGCUGGUGGCCUCCGGCGGGUUUGGGGUGGCUGGGCUGAGCGUGAUGACGUGGAUCUACGGGUAUCUGACGGGGAAGCACCCGCCCGGCGCGGAUAAGAUGGAGCAGGCGAGGUUGAAGCUCGCCGGCAAGGCUCGCGAGAUGAAGGAGAAGGCCGAGCAGUUUGGGCAGCACCACCUGACCGCCGGUUCUCAAACUUGAAUCGAGCGUUCAAGCUGCAAGCAGGUCCACUGCUUUCCGGCGGGUGGGGCCGUUGGGUACGUACGUGGGUUUCCAGUAGAGUUAUUGCUGUCUUGGUGCUUGUGUUUGUAUUUGUAUUUUAAUUUCAGGUCUGGAAAAUGGUUUCGAUAAGAGUUUUAGUAUAUAUGAAAAG